GUAUAAUUUUAUUUUUCUAACGGUCAACAGCUGUUAUGGCGCCUAACUGUUACGAGCAACACAUCGCACGAGCACGAGCAUAGAUUGUAAAUUUUCAUUUCCCGCAUAAAGUUUCAGUUUUCCUUCGUUUUUUCCAGUGACCGGCGAGAGAUAUUUCCACGAUGUCGUUUAGCAAAGCGAAAAUUCAAAGAUUCAACGACGUUAAAGUUCCUAUCGCUACAAUACGACCCGCAUGCGACAAAACCAAACCAACAACAAAACAUAACGAUGGAAGCUCCGCCAAAUCAGACACAGGAUCGUCCCAAAGCGUCCCGUGCUUCAGGCCGCCGACUUUAAUACGAAAAAAGCAGAAACCCGCCAACCCGGCGCCGAAACCCAAACCGAAACCCGCCGAAAACCUAACCAACGACCAAACGCUGGAAGCUCUAAAAGAAAAAAUCGUCGAGUGCGACAACAAAGACGCCUACAUCAAGGAGCUCGUCCAGCAGCUGGAGGAGAUCAACGAAAAAAUCGGCCGCGCCGAAAACGCCGCCAGUCGAAUCGACAACGAGACCAACAAGUACGAGGAAAUCGUGGAGAAUCUGAAGAACGAGCACGAGAACCGCUUAAAAAUCAUCCGGGAGGAGUUCGAAUUGCGGCUGCGCGACACCGUGACGCUCAAAGAGGAACUCAAGCAGCAGCUGGAGCAGCUGCGAUGCGUCGUGGAGACUUACACGAAAGAAAUGGAAGUGCUGAAAAGCUCCUGUGACGAGUUGCCGAGUUACGUGCAAAGUCUCGACGAAGAUUACCGGAAUUUACUGCGCCAGAAGCAGCAGGAGAUCGACGAGAAGGAGAUCUUGCUGAAGACCUUGGAGCAGAGUUCCAUCGACAUGCAGAAGCAACACUCGCUGGAAAUCGAGAGGUUGAGGAAAGAACAGCAAGUCGAAAUCCAAGACCUCGAAUUCGAGAUGCUCAAAACUAUGACGGAAUUGCAGAGAGAAAAGGAAAUUUGCACUAUACGCAUCGAAGACAUGGAGAGGCAGAUGACAGAGAAAAUCGACGAAAUGAAGAACGUUUUCGAAACGGAGAAGGUUCAAAUCAUCCAAGAAUCACAAGAUAAGAUCAACCAGUUGGAAGAAACUCUUCAGAAGAAUCUAACCGAUGAGGACUUCUUACAAGAAAAAUUAGCGGAGCAAGAGAAGGAAUGGAAAGCCAAACUGGCCGAGCAGCGCAAGCAAUCCGAAGCCAUUCUGAAGGAAUGCCAAGCCAUCAGCGAAUACAACAUAAUCCAAUGCGAGAUCGAAAAGAACUCCAUCAGCAAGGAGCUCAAAGAGAACAUCGAAGAGCUAAAAACCAUCAAAACAAACUACGACGCCGCCUUGCAGAACUUCAAAACCCUAAAAGACAAAUACGAGCAGCUCAAAACCGACGUCGACGCCCAGAAACUCGAGCUCGACGACCAGAAGCGCGAGCUGCUCGACCAGAUCCAAUCCUACCAGCUGCAACUGCGGCGAGCGCAGAAGGAGAAGUCCACCUACGAAUUCACCAUACAGAACUCCCAAAUCACCAUCGACGUGCUGAAGAACCGGCUGAUGAACUCCGACAAGGACGUCGAGCAGCUCAAAGAGGAGCUGGCCGAGUGCGAGAAGAAGCUGCUCAAGUUCGAGCAGAAGAACCUGGAGCUCGAGUCCGAUUUGCUGCAGACCCGGCUGGUCAACGACGAGCUGGAAAUGCAAUUCGAGUCGACCAUCAAGCUCAAUUGCCAGGACAUCGAGGACGUUUCGCAGAAGCUUCUGAGGGAUGUUAGCGAUUACAAGAAGAAAGUUGUUAGGUAUAAAGUGCAGAUGGAGGAGGAGAAGGGCUUGAAGGAGGAGAUAAUGGAGCAGUUGCACGAUGUGUACGAGAUAUUGGGGAGGUUGAAGGCCGAGUAUGAGAAUGCUGAGAGUGAAUGUACACAAUAUAAAUUCGAGGCGGAGCAAUCGCAGAACGAGCUGGAAGACUACCGUUUGAGGGAAAUGGACUGGAACAUCAUCAGAGAUAAACUGGAAAUUACCAUAAAGGAUCUGGAAGAACUAGUCGAAAGAAAGAUGAAAGAAAUAGCUGUUUUGAAGAAAGAAAUUGACCAGGUGAAAGAAAAAUCAGACGCUCACAGCCUAUCGGAACAAUACUAUCGACAAAGAGUGGAUGAAUUAGAAAGCGAUCAAAAGGAAACAGAAAACAUACACAAAAAAUACAUAGAAAUGUCCGGGAAAUACGACGUUUUGGUGUGGAAGUACGAAGAAUUGGAGAACGAGAAUUUGCAGAACAAAAUGAAACUGAUGAAAUUAUCCGAAGAACAAACCGAAAAUGAAAAUCUCAAAGCCAAAUACGACAAUCAAGUAAUCAUUUGCAACGAAUUAGAGGCGACUAACAGCAAAUUGAAAGCAGAAAUCGACACUAAAUCGAUAGAGGAAUCAUCGCUAAAGGAAGAAAUCCAGAAAAUCAAAGCUGAAAGAGACGCUCUUCUAAAUAAAGUGUGCCAAUUAGAAAUCGAACUAAAACAGGGUAACAUUGAAGAAGAUUAUAAGCAACGCACUCCGAAGAAAACCAAGAAACUUAAAGACGAAGAAAACUACGCCGAUCCGAAAACUUGGUUAAAGAAAAACAAACACUCUGUAGAGGAUAAGGAGAACCUCAACAGUCCUACCAGGACGAUAAAUUCGAACAGAAUCGAGUCACCCUUAAGGGACAGGAACUGAAAGACUAAUUUAUUUGUUAUUUUAUAAGUUUAUUACUGGUGUUAUCGCAUUCGAGAAUAAUGUUAAACUGAAGUUUACGAUUAAAAAUUAAGAAAAAUAACAGUAGGUUAUAAUGAUAAACGUACCGGUGAAACGAAGUCGAUUAAUUAAGUGAACUAAUUGGUUUUGUCUUGUAUUUCUUGUUUUUUUAUUGAUUUAUUUAUUUUAUUCGUGGAAAUUGCUUCUCUACUAACUGUACGAAAAGUUGCAUUAAAAUAGCAUUCAACCGCCUGGAGAUUUGUUCUUGAUGUUAAAUUAACUAUCUAUUGAUUUAUAAAUUUUUCCAGCAGAUCGCCAUACAAAUUUCCAUUUAUCUAGUCGAAAUACCAAAUAAAUUGCUCACGAAACAAGAUAAAAUCACAUCAUUUCUACCAUGUAAGCUACAAGUUUUUACUACUUUUAUUAUACUCGUAAUAUGAAUAAAAACGCUCUUUUUUAAGUAUGUUUUUAAUCGAUUAACGACCGAGUAAAAUAAUUUAUUAUCUAACAUUUUUAAUUAUUACGCUGGGACAGGAAUAGCUG